UUGAUUUAUGCAAGAUGGUGGGAAAUACGAAAAUUUCACAAAAAAGUGACAAAAUUUCCAACUUUUUACUUAUAAAUUAGAUAUUCAUUGUAUUGGCCUGAUUAUGCGUUUAAAUCAUUCUAUGUGAUGGCUGAAGUUGGAAGAGCACGAAGAGCGAGGAAGGUUAUUGACUAUGCGAACUUUGCAGAUGGUGAUGAGUCCGAUGAUGACUUUGUCUCCUCAUCUACUCCACCUGUCGCCAAGAGACCCAAGCUCGACAAACCUGACAAGUCAUCAAAGUCAACGAAGACGGAAAAAGAGAAUGUGAAAAAGAAGAAGAAGAAGAGUCUGAACAGAAAGCCUCCCGGUGAAAACUUGUUUGAAACUCACCUCCAGGCGGCGCUCGAGUUGUCUAUGAUUGAAACCUCAUCACAGGAGACAGCGGAAUCACAGGAAAGUGUUGUGAAGGAUGUACUCAUCAAGCCUGUUGUUAUAGCUGAUGACGAUGAAAUAGUUUGCCUUGGAAGUGAACCCAUCCAAUCUAUGAGUCCGGUGCGGUCAUCAUGUCGUGCUGCCUCCAAGGAGCAGCGUCAGUCGUUCCUUCAGGAGAGCGAGAGUGAGGGACCCAGUCAGGACAACAAUGAGGAAUUCAAACUAGAAGGUGAUGAGAGUGAAGAUGACGAAGAUGAUGAGAGUGAUGAUAGUUUCAACCCUGAUGAUGAUGACAGUGACUUUGAUGACGGGAAGAAGAAGAAGAAGAAACCACCAGCUAAACCAAGACCUCAAAAAACACCAAAGACAGCAGCAUCUACAACAAGUCAUCCAAAGCCCAAAACUGUCUGUAAACCAUCGCCAGCACCAUUCAGGUCUCCCAUCGCAAGUAAUUCACUGCCGGCAACGAAUACGCCCAAAUCUGACCUCGGCACAUGUGCGAGUCGGAAACCUGCUUGGACUCCACCUGCUCCAACAGGAUCGGCCACAAAAUGUGUGAAUCUUGGAGGCAGGAGGUCUCCGAGUGGUGGAGGUGGACUCCGGCUGGGUCUGUCUCGGAGCCAGCGAGUGAAACCGCUCCAUUCAUCAGUUAAAGGGGCGAGGUGACUCUGUUAAUCAGUAUGGGACUGGUGAUUUAGCUAAGGGAUCAUCAAGGUGAAUAAGGUCAAAAGAACCUUGUAGACGCAGUGCAGAGGUAAACAGGUUACCUCUCCUUGCUCCUAGCCCAUUAGAAGAAGACAAUGGAACAACCUAUGCAUUGGGCCUACUCAGGCUUUAUGGAUACGGUCCCUAGGCCUGGGCAUUUGGGUUCAGACUGCCUUUCUGAUAGGACUUAGCGUGUGUUUAUUUAUAGUUUUGUAAAUAUUGUGAAUAUCAUUUCUAUUCAAUUUUAAGUCAAUUUUUCAUUGUAAAAAGAAUGAAUGAUUUUAGUAUGAACUUACACUCAAUAUUUUGUUAGAAGA